AUGAACUCGUUCAUCGUCACUUUAGCUGGUCUCUCUUUGGUCUACUUAGCAGUUAUUACAACUGUCUAUGCUAAUGAAAUCGGUGGUCUCGAUGUAUCAAAAGAUCAAUUAAUUGCAUUAACACGUGAUCAUUUUGGUCGUUCUGAUCCUGAUGCAUUACUUAACGGUUUCUUUCCCGUUUGGGCUGCAAUUCAAUUUUCAAUUGCUUGUUUCUUCUUCGUCAUUGCUGUACUCAGUCUUGUCUGUUACAUAUUAGGUUGUAGAACACCACCAGGAGAACGAGCCAAACAAAUCAAUUAA